AUGACUGUCGACAUCAUCCCUCCCGCGUCCCAACGCCGUUGGUGGAAAGAGUCGACCGUCUACCAGAUCUACCCCGCAUCGUUCAAUGACCAUGCCGACAGCGGCCACGGAACGCUCCCUGGUAUCAUUGAGCGCGUUCCAUACCUCCAGGAGCUUGGUGUCGACAUCAUCUGGCUCUCCCCAAUCUAUGAAUCGCCGCAGGCUGACAUGGGAUACGAUAUCAGUGACUAUCAGAAGAUUGACCCACGAUACGGCACCCUCGAGGACUGGGACAAUCUCCGCGACGCAUGCCACGAGCGUGGAAUGAAGCUUGUCAUGGACCUGGUUGUGAACCACAGCAGCAACGAACACGCGUGGUUUAAAGAGUCCCGGUCCUCCAAGACCAACCCAAAGCGCGACUGGUACUAUUGGCGCAAGGGAAGCAUCAACGAGAAGGGCGAGCGUGUGCCACCCAACAACUGGGAAGCCAUGUGGGGUGGCUCGACAUGGGAAUACGACGAGGAGUCGGACGAGUACUACCUCCACCUGUUUGCCAAGCAGCAACCCGAUCUCAACUGGCUCAACCCCGAGGUCCGCGAGGCCGUCUACAAGAUGAUGCGCUGGUGGCUUGACCGUGGAGCCGACGGUUUCCGCAUGGACGUGAUCAACUUUAUUGACAAGGCUCCCGGCUUUCCGGACGCGCCCACUACCAACCCCUACACGGUGUAUCAGCCCUUUGGUCCUCUCUCUGUGGGCCGUCCCGGUGUCCACACGCACCUCAAGGAGAUGCACGAAAAGGUGCUCAAGGAUUAUGACUGCUUCUGUGUCGGCGAAUGCCCAGGUGGCGAUGACCCCGAGGCGUUUGCCCAGUACUCCAAGCCCGAAAACAACGAGCUGCAGAUGGUCUUCAACUUCCACCAUCUGGGCUUUGACAGGGCUCGCACCAGCACCAUUGGCCGCGGGUGGAACCCGGACUGGAAGUUGAGCGACUUUAAGCAGGUAGUCAACACCUGGCACGUUGACCUCCCCAAGGAGGGUGGCUGGAUGAGCAACUAUGUCGACAACCACGACCAGCCGCGACUCCUGUCUCGAAUCGGCAGCGACCACCCAGACCACCGUGCCCGCAGUGCCCAGGCUGUCGCCGUGUUCCACACGACCCUCACUGGCACCAUCUUUGUGUUCCAGGGCCAGGAGAAUGGCCAGAUCAACAUGCCCCAUUCGUGGGGAGAGGAGGAGUACAAGGACAUCGAGUCAGUUGAGAUCUUUGAGGGGGAGCGCGAACGCCUGAAGCGGGAGGGAGCCACCCAGGCCGAGAUUGACGAGCGCAUCAAGUGGGUGCUGGGCAACCUCCGCGAGACGGCACGCGACAAUGGCCGCACGCCAAUGCAGUGGGACAGCAGUGAACAUGCCGGCUUCUCCAAGGGCCAGCCAUGGAUGCGCGUCCACGACGACUACAAGCAGUGGAACGUCAAGUCGCAGGAAAACGACAAGCAGUCGGUAUGGUCGUUCUGGCAGGCCAUGCUCGCCUUGCGCAAGAAGCACCUCGCAAUCAUCUAUGGCAAGUUUAUCCCUCUCGACGAGUCGUCCGAGGAGAACUACACCUACAUCCGCGAGGACGAGGACACUGGCGAGAAGCUGCUGGUGGUUCUCAACCUUGCGCGUGGUCCCGACCGUACCGGCUUGCCGAUCAAGGUCGAUCUCGCGUCCAUGGGCGUCGACACCUCGAACGCUCAGUUAAUCAUUGCCAACGACGGUGCAGAGGUCGGAUCAGGUAUCUCUGGCCCCUUGGACCUGGACAACUGGGGUGCCCGUGUCUACCUCCUCCAGCAGGGACGGGCGGUCCUCAACUAG